ACGUGGUUCAUUUAAACCUUCACGCGCUCUUCACCACCACCUUCCUCAUUUGCUCUUCCCUUCCUUCAUUCCCACCGCGAAACCGUCUCACUAAUCACUAACGUGCGCCUUCGGUUCCAAAUUUCAAUCUUAACAUUCCGUUUUUGAAAUAGUAACAGAAUCACGAAAUUCACCAAGAAAUUAAAAACAAAAUAGAGAGAGAGAAAGAAAGAGAAAGAAAGGAAGAUAGUGACAUAUAGAAAAAGAGAGAGAAAUAGGGUCUGCAUUUUUUGUACUACUUUUUUAAUUUGCAGGUUUUGGAGCAUCGUGUCGGGGUGCUUCUCAUUUUUCACCUAUUUUAUAUUUCUUCAAUUUUCGUUUCUUGUUUUUUUAUAUAUAUAUUUUUUUUAAUUUUAAAUUUUACUAUUAUUUUAAUUAACUGUCUAUAAGAUAUCCCAGUGGGUUCUUGUUAUUUUUUAUAUUUGUAUAUAUACUUCUCUGUUGCUUUGUAACAACAACGAUUUCACAUAGCAACUAGAGUUUUUACUUGCGAUCUUCCGCUACGAAUUGUAAUGGCUUUUAUUUCUGAGGUCAACAUGAGUUACUCUUCUUCUCAUUACAUGGAUGAUGAAUAUGAGAAACUCUUCAGGAGAAUGAAUCCUCCUAGGGUUGUUAUUGAUAAUGAAGCCUGCAAGAAUGCCACUGUUAUAAGGGUGGAUAGUGCAAACAAACAUGGAAUACUUUUGGAAGUUGUGCAAAUCCUCACUGAUUUAAGUCUCAUCAUAACUAAGGCUUAUAUAUCUUCUGAUGGUGGAUGGUUCAUGGAUGUUUUUAAUGUAACUGGCCAAGAUGGAAACAAAGUCACAGAUGAAGUUAUUUUGGAUUACAUUAGAAAGUCUCUUGGUCCUGAAUCCUGCUUUCCAACUACGAUGAGAUCUGUCGGUGUUAAACAAACAAUGGACCACACCGCAAUAGAGUUAUUGGGAAGUGACAGGCCCGGAUUGCUCUCAGAAGUGAGUGCUGUUCUCACAAACCUCAAAUGCAACAUAGUGAAUGCCGAGGUUUGGACUCACAACACUCGUGCAGCUGCUGUAAUGCAUGUGACCGACGAGGAAACCGGUUCUGCUAUUACCGACCCUAAGAGACUUUCGCUAGUCAAGGAGCUUCUACGCAAUGUGCUUGGUGGUGGAAAUAGGAAAAGAGGUGCCAAAACUGUUGUCACGGAUGAUUCGACGCAUACUGAUAGAAGGCUUCAUCAGAUGAUGUUUGAUGAUAGGGAUUAUGAACGUGUCGACGAUGAUGACUUUGACGAGAAACAAAGACCGAACGUUGAUGUUGUGAAUUGGUCGGAUAAGGAUUAUUCUGUUGUUACUAUUGAAUGUAAGGAUCGGCCGAAGCUUUUGUUCGACACGGUUUGUACUUUGACAGAUAUGCAAUAUGUAGUGUUUCAUGCUAAUAUUGAUGCUGAGGGGCCACAAGCAUAUCAGGAAUAUUAUAUCAAGCAUAUAGAUGGGUCCCCUGUAAAGUCAGAUGCAGAAAGACAAAGAGUGAUACACUGUCUUGAAGCUGCAAUUGAGAGAAGAGUUUCUGAGGGUUUGAAGCUAGAAAUCUGCACCACCGACAGAGUAGGACUAUUAUCAAAUGUGACACGUAUCUUUAGAGAGAAUAGCCUCACAGUUACAAGAGCAGAAGUAACAACAAAAGGAGGAAAAGCUGUGAACACUUUCUAUGUUCGUGGAGCUUCAGGUUGUAUUGUUGAUUCUAAGACAAUUGAAUCCAUAAGGCAAACAAUAGGUAACACAAUACUAAAAGUAAAGGGCAGUCCUGAAUCUGUUCCUCAAGAUUCUCCUACAAGAUCGUCUAUCUUUAGUGGUCUUUUCAAGUCAAGAUCUUUUGUUAACUUCGGUUUGGUUAAAUCUUACUCCUGAUGAAUCUUGGAAGAGGAUAAUGUCUUGUAUUGUAUUUGAUCUUAGGAAGUGUUUGGUUGUAAAUUCUUUAAGUAACCAUGCUUUAGCUUUUUUAGUUUUUUUGUUUGUUGCUAAUUGCUAUGGAUCCAAUCGUUAGUUGGAGUAAUGAAAGCAAGUUGAGAACCUUGAUUGUGUAAACCUUGAAAGUUUCAAGUGUCAUCAUUUGUAUAUAUACUCAUUUGAAUUUUAGGAAGCUUGUUUAUAUUUC